UCUAUCAUACCAAGUUAUCUUCGGCGGAGAAAAAUGGCUCCAAAUAUUGAGACGUUGACGAUACAUAUACAAUAUUAAUUCCUAAAGGCAUUGCUGUCCGGAUGAACUAAGUUAUAUUUAGUCUACUUCGCAAGGGACUUUUGGGACAUCACCCGAUGCGGCGGCAGAUGAGAUCAAGUUAUUUGUUUUAUCUUUAUUAUUUCAUUACCGAGCUUAAAAAUUACCAUCUUCCUCAUUCUGUUCACUUGUACAAUGCUUUCGACAUCGCUGAUCCCAACAGUAUGCAGGAAGCGUGACGCAUAUAAGCUUAGUAAUGAGUAACGUGACCAUAGCGGUUCUCGGUAGCUUGUAAAACAUUCUCAACUAGACUCAGGUUUUUCACUCCGUUCCAUGCUCGUUGCAAGACUAAAGAGGCUAAGUUAUGCUAUUUGCAGAUUGUCUUCACGCACAUACGUGUUGAACGGUGCGCCUGCCAAGAUGAAAACGAUCUUGAUUAUUCAUGCGAUAUUUCCACAGUCUAGUUUCCCGAAACGCAUAAUUAUAGAACCCACUCAACAAGGUAAACGUUUGUUUCUUUCACUUUAUAAAAUUAUUUACCAGAGAAAUAGCUGAAUGAAGGCAAAUAACGACUUACAAGGAGGAACAUAGAGUGUGCUACGUAAACACGUCACAAUACGUUCAGAUUUUAUUUUUGUGAUUAUUUUCACUUAUGUCACUCGAUGUUUGUUUAUGAGCCUUGAACGUGCUUGUAAGGGAUGGAACGGAAGGAAAAAUUGAUUCAAAACCGAAAUCUCUCUUGGAUCACGUGACGAUCAUACAUACGAAAAUAACUCAGUGUUAACAGGUCUAUAAAAGAAAAGUGCCCUUUCGUUUCUGAUCAGAUUUAUGAUGGCGUUAUCGGCUGGGUUUCUCCGAGCGUUUGGAUUGUUUCAAGUUUCUUUGGUCGUUCUUGGAUCCGGUCUUGUUUACGCUGAAAAUAAUUCUUCACCACGAUUUCCAGUUGGCGAUCCACGAAACUGUCCUCUUACAAACGGAGUUUAUCGCUUCGAGGUUCUUCCGGGAGGCGGCUGGGACAACUUAAGAAAUGUUCAUAUGGGCGCUGUUUCAGUGAUGAAUUACUCCAAGUGCAAGACUUCAGACGACGGCAAGUAUCUCAUUCCCGAUGAUGUGAUCCUGUAUCCUAUCAAGGAGAGCAAAGUGCAUGUAUUUGCUGAAAUGUACGAUCACUGGCACAACUAUUCGUCCACCACAACGAAGUCUAUCAAUGCGGAAGCUUCGGGAAAAUUUGGUUUUGGAAGCAUAAGUGGUUCGUUUUCUUCUGAGUUCGAAUCAGUGAAGAAACAUCAAGUGGAAGAUAAGGCCGUAACCACUCGAGCACAACUACGCCAUGUUUUAUACACGGCGAAACUCCAGCCCGAUGCUCCUCUACAGGCACCGUUCAAGUCCCGUUUGCUCGAGAUCGCAUCUCACUUACAGCAUAUCAAUACUGCCUAUGCGAAUUUUCUCGCCCUAAAAUUAGUUCGAGAUUUCGGAACGCAUUAUGUUACAGGCGUCAAGGCCGGAACAGCCCUGGCCAAAGUGGAUCACUUGACAAAGAAAUUCGUUGCUGGUUUCAGUGAUGAUAAAAGUAAGAUCACAGCCGCCGCGAGUGCAUCUUUUUUGGGAAAGUUUGGAGUCGGUGCUGGCUAUACUCAGACAACAGACAAAAAAGUUUUGGAUGAAUACACACAGAACAUCGUUUAUUCCACAGUAUAUACAUUCGGUGGACCUCCAUUCAGGAUGAAUUUUACCAUUAAUAAAUCGGAAGACCAACUAUCGGAUGAGCUGGUUGCAGUUGAUCGGUCCGGAGACCCUCUUCAUUUUGCAAUUACACCCAAAAGUGUACCAGAAUUGUCCGAAGAACUGGUCUUCAAACUAGCCAACGUUGUCGAAAAAGCCAUUAAACAGUACUAUGAGCACAAUACUAUUAAAGGAUGCACCAAAAUGGACUCUCCGAACUUCAGCUUUCAGGCCAACCUCGACGAUGGAUCUUGCGAGAGCCCAACCAAUAACUACACCUUCGGGGGCGUUUAUCAAACGUGCCAAUGUGAUGGCUCUCCAUCCAGUAAUCCAUGUGAAUCCUUUCUCCAGAAGAACCCUCUCACGGCCAACUACUCUUGUAGUAAUGGUUAUGAACCAGUCAUGCUACAUCAAGGUCGCACACCCGAAAGCUGUCAUCGUGAGUGCCACGGAUGGUGGAUUUUUAAAAGCUGCGACACUCAUUGCAGAUUCGCCAGCUGCGACACCUACUGGUGUGUUGCUAAAGGUUUUGUGCCUCGUAAUACAGGAUAUCUCUUUGGUGGACUCUACAGCAAUGUGUUAAAGAACCCAGUCACACAAGAUCACAGCUGUCCAGCGAAGUUUUACGCCUUGCGCUUCGGAACCACCAUGCAAAUUUGUGUGAGCGAUGACUACGAGCUAGGCUUCCAGCAGUCAGUCCCUUUUGGUGGCUUCUUCAGUUGUAAUACUGGUAAUCCUCUCGGUGUAAAGAAAGUAGCGGACAGUACCAAGGGAUCAAACGCUCGGUGA